AUGGAGCCGUUGAACGGAGACGAAUAUACACUCAUUGAAAAACUCGAAGAAGAAAGUACAUCAACAGUAAAAUGUCCAGAACAGUCGUUUCAAUGGUUUUACAAAUUGUGGCGAGUGCAAGGAUACUUCAAUUUAGUGAUCACAAAAUUGUACCCAAUAAUACAGACUGUCGUUAUACUUAUGCUCUUAGCAUUUCUGAUAUAUAUUGAUUACGGGAAGGUUGUUGGAUAUCCACUUAAGACCAUGACGAAGGAGGACGGAAGCUUACCCAAGUUUUCCGACUUCUUCAAGGCGGAUUUACUUAAGAACGUCAUAUUCUUCUUUGUCUUUAUCGUUGCGUUUUGUUCGAUAGUCAGGUAUUCCUAUAAAAUCUAUAAAAUGACGAAGGACCCAAGACUCAUAGCAGCGAGAAAGUUCUUUGGCAGGAAAGAAAUAUUGAGUUAUGGCGGAGACUGGGAGCGUGUGAAAAGUGUGUUCCGGUUUGAGGAGGAGAAGGAUAACGAGUGUGAGGAUGGGACAGUAGCGUCGUCCGUUCUCAUGUCAUCGGUAACGCUCGAAACUGCAAUGAUUGACGAUUCUAUAAUUCUCGAAACUGAGAAACACGAGCCCACGGAGAUGAAAGAAGUUAAAGACGUGAAGAAUAAGAGUGAUGCGAACAAUCAGUUGGAUACUAAAGAAGCUUUUAUUGAUGAUGAUGGACUCCAUACAACGGGUGGAGAUGGUUUUGUCACAAAAACGGAAGAUGAGAAUUUGUUUGUGAAGUAUUGCACAUUACGGAGCAAUCUGUUGAGUCGAUAUGUCAUUGAAAAUGAGACGGGAAUGAGAGGGAGGAGCAAAUACUUGUAUAGAAUCAUUCAAGAUAUAUACUUCCCACCAAAGGACUUCGACUUUUAUAAGUCACUCAGUUCACAAGAGAACCCGAACUACCAGAGGAAUUACAAUUGCUGGAAGAGUCGAGUGGAGAAAAGGAAGAAAUAUUACUUGCGAUGGCACAGCUCAUUAUUUGUCAUCAUCAGCGCGACGUACAAUUUACUCAUCUUGCUGCUGAGGUACUUUGGAAUGCUGUUGACCCCAAGUUCACUGACGGACAACACGUGGACGCCGUACGCCAAAAAUGCGCUGAGACGGAACAACUCCCUUCCGCACGAGACGGAAACGUUGUUUGGAGCAGCAAAGGAGGUGAUAGAAGGACUUAUUGAACUGACCCCUGUCAAUCAAUUCAAACGAGCGUGUAUGAGGAAUUUGAGUAGUGUGGUAGUUGUGGUGUUUGUCGUCUUUUUCACGAUGAAUAUGAGGAAUGAAUUUAUUAUAUGUGGGGUGUCGAGUGCUCUUGUGUGCAACAUUUUGUUGACAGCUUCAGUGAUGUGCUAUGGGUUAAGUAAUAAGAAGAUCUAUACGAAGACAUUCCACGAAGCGGAAGAGGAAAUUAACCAUAUGUUUCCACAAAUUAGAACAAUGAUAGGGAGGGAACAACAACAGGGAGAUAUCACGAAGUACAUCAAAUCGAAACUCUACGUCGACUUCUACGAAUUCUUUUUGAGAGAGUUGUUGGCCCCAUUUGUCGUGAAUGAGAACAUCAAGAAUUUCUCUGAAAAUGAGGUACUGAAAGAAGUGCAAACUAAAGUCAUUGCCGAGUCAGUCAAGUAA